ACUUGGGAAUGGCGCCAUCCUUUGGAGAUGUGGGGAACUGCAGAGAGCUGCUGGCUGCGGCCUCCUGACGCACGGAGAGGAGGAAAGGCAUGCUGGCUAUGUGAGACAUUCAUGACGGGCCUCCAGUUCAACCUCACAGCUCUCACGAAUGAGAAUGGAACUCGCACGGCGUGCAUGUAGAAACAUGGAAUAAUUAAAGAGUCCUGGGCCAGCUGAUUGGAGAUCAGUGGCUCAAGGACACGUCUGGAGGUCUGGACCCCGGGCUGAGGUCUGGACCCCGGGCUGAGGACGCCCUGGAGGCUCCAGCUGACUGUCAGGUUUAGGGGGUCGUGGAUAAAGCUUAGAUCUGCUGGUAGAAGGCGUUGAAGGGCCCAGCAGCAGCAGAGGGACCACUAGAGCUGUCAUUGCUCUCUGGUGACAGCCGGCCUGUUUUUACUCCCUCCUUCUAAAUAAGGAAGCGACCUGACAGACACAUGACCACCGACCCGAUUUGGCAGCGGCCCGGAGCCCCGUGGCUCUCAGGCCGCCUCCAAUGAGCUCCUUCCUGCUCCAGUCCCAGCAGCGUGAUGUCAUCCAGGUGGAAAGACGGUUUUUGGUGAAACCAGAGGAUUCAUCCCGAGGAGAGACAGAGAGGGAGGAAGAGAGAGAGAACGGAGCGUGUGCGUGUGUGUGAGAGAGAGGGGCGCGGAGGAGCUGCAAAACAUGGUAAUCACCAGCACCUCCAUCUCCAUCACCUCCUCCAUCACCUCCAGCUCUGCCGCGCACUCUCCCGUCUCUCCUCCUCUGCUCCGGGGCUGGAGCUUCAUGCCCAGAGCUCCCAGAAUAGCCCUCAGCCAGCAUGCCGAAGGAAGCAAAACAAGAAGAGCGGUAUUUUUAGGCUCAUUAAUUUGGACCACGUGGCCCGAAGGUAAACCGGAUGGCCGUUGCGCAAAGGCUCCUCGUCAGUAUGUCCUGCGAGGCCGGCACGCCGCUCUGGACGCUGCCCGCCGUGGUGCUCCUGGGCUUUCUGCUGGGGAUCGUGUCCGCGUACCCGGUACCGAGCGGCAGGACGAACGCAACCCUGCUGGAGAGGCGCUGGGAGACCCUGUUCUCCCGCUCCGUGCUGGGGAUCUCCGGGGAGAAACCGGAGCUGAACUGGGAGAGUGACUAUCUGCUGGGCAUCAAGAGAGUGCGGAGGCUCUACUGCAACGUGGGCAUCGGGUUUCACCUCCAGGUCCUCCCAGACGGCAGGAUAAACGGUGCUCAUAAUGAGAACCAGUACAGUCUCCUGGAGAUCUCCACGGUGGACAGAGGGGUGGUGAGUCUGUUCGGGAUGAGCAGUGAGCUGUUUGUCGCAAUGAACAGCCGUGGAAGGUUGUACGGAACGACAGUCUUCCAUGACGAGUGCAAGUUCAAGGAGAGUUUGCUGCCGAACAACUACAACGCCUACGAGUCUCUGGUCUACAGAGGAUCCUACAUCGCUCUCAGCAAGCAUGGCCGGGUGAAGAGGGGCAACAAGGCCACCACCGCCAUGACUGUAACGCACUUCCUGCCCCGAAUAUGACGAGAAAAACUGGCAAUAACUAAACUGAUUUGCACAUGUGGAGUAUUUCCCAGGUAACAUAGAUACCGUCUACGUACGUACAAAACACAAGGAGACAAACACGGACUGUAGAAGAAAGAAAUACGCUUAUAUCUGAUAGUAUUUAUUCAAACUUUAUAUGUAUAUUUGGGUAGCUGACUUUGUAUUAGAAACUGUGGAAAUGCCAUUCUUUGCCGCUUUUAUGAUUUUCACCAUGUUUUUGUGACGUGACGGAUGGAGAGGCGUCAUCUCAGUUUUCCUGGGUGCUUUGCCCCGUCAGCGGGGACGGAUUAUUACGUCAAAGCACCACAUCCUGACGGCCAAGAAGAAGAGGAAUAAGUGCAUGAAGUUUCUAACAGAAGAACGCCUGUGGACUGAAAGCGUGUUUUCUGUGUUGUCGAUGUUUCCCCGUCGCUGCAUUCGACUGUCAGGGCGACUGGAGCUCUUCAGACACUGCGGCAGCUGUUUUUGUGCUUCAUCAUGAGGUGGCGUUGCCUUGAAUUCCUCCUAGCAGCCCCUUCCCCCCGCAUGCUCAGAAAUAGGAACGAUCCGCCGGUCGUCAUCCCUCAGACUCCACCCAGGGAACUGCAGCACAAUUCCUAGAGUGCCAGAGCUUUCUCCACUUUAUUUUCCUUCCAGAAUUAGAUCAAUUAAGUAAUUGAGACUGUGUACUACACAGGACCCAAUGGAGCCUCUGGUUCAUGUGGAAAGCCAGACUUAGAGUCUCUGACAAUCCCAGAUUUGAUUUCUCAGUUCUGUAGCCGAUCAUCAGGUCAGACGGAGUGUGUGAGCAUGUGUCAGUAUUUAUGGGUAUUUAAGGAUGAAUGUGGAACUGAUGAAGCUUCAUUUAUUUAUUUUCUGUAGCAGAAUAUCAGAGAUCUGACACUAUGAAGACUAAACAUCCUCCUCUAUGUUUGAUUCCCCACUUUAAAUGAUCUCUAGAUUUUAUUAAUUUAUUCAUUUUCUUCUAAUUGUGUCGUUUAUAGCAGACGUGGACAGCUGCUUGAUUUUUAUCCUGGUUUGAGGAUAUCUGGCUCUCAAAGUAACGUGUUUCUGAGUGAAACUGGAGAGAAAAUCUGUUUCUGAUUAGUCGAUGAACUGGAAGUACGACGUCUGCUGCGUCGGUUUGAAAUAAUUGGUGAUCUUGAGGUUUGUGAAAACUACUGAAGGCAACGCUGACGUUUAGAUUAAGUGGAUGAAGCUUAUUUCAGCCAGACUUUUAAGCUAUAUAUGCAUAUUUCAGAGGAGUCAACAGCGAACCAGAGGGUUGCUGAGCAGCGUUCCUGGAGGCUUCGUCUGUGCAGCGUUCCAUACUUGAAUUCAGUGACUGCUCCUCAGAUACUGUAUUUAUCUCCACUGUGGAAAAGGAGAAGGUCAAAGUGGAACUAGCAGAGAUGGACUUCCAUGUGGUGAGGAUGUGGAGAAUACCUGAGCAGGUAAAUCUCCUCUGUGGUCGAUGUUCAGAUCCUUAGAGGAUGUUCUGUGUUUCUCAUGAAGGCUUUUUCUUUAUUUUUCUGGUCCAUUGUUGCUGCUGUAGACAGAAUUACCAGAGGAGGUCUAACGACGUGCAAUGAAGGCAGCCUAGGUAGAAAAGUCUUCUAGAAGUGGGAAUGAGGUGGAACUGAGCAGUAAUUUAUUUAUUUAUCUACUUGACCUGCAAAAUCCUGCAAGUAGCAGCAGCCCAGUAUGAGGCCAGCCGGGGAAAUCUGGUUAGAAACGGUAGCAGAGGAUCUUCCAGAUGUUUUAUUCAUAUUUGACCUUCUCUCAUUACUGUAACGCAGAAUGUCUGAGCGACGGUUUAGCUCCCAUUAAGCUCCUGUCUAGGAUGAAUGAAUGAAUGAGUGAACAAGUGAAUGAAUGAAUGAAUGAAUGAAUGAAUGAAUGAAUGAAUGAAUGAAUGAAUGAAUGAGUGAGUGAGUGAGUGAGUGUGCAUGUGUGUGUUUGUGCACGUGUGACAGCGCUCCUGUCAGGUUCUGUUUCUGCCAAAGCGACGGUGGAGAUGGUAUCAGAUGGAUUUACCAUGAGUCAGGACUAACAGUGUGAGGACGAGGACAAAGACCAGGACUAACAGUGUGAGGACGAGGACAAAGACCAGGACUAACGGUGUGAGGACGAGGACGAGGACAAAGACCAGGACUAACGGUGUGAGGACGAGGACAAAGACCAGGACUAACGGUGUGAGGACGAGGACAAAGACCAGGAUUAACGGUGUGAGGACGAGGACAAAAACCAGGAUUAACGGUGUGAGGACGAGGACAAAAACCAGAGGGAUGGUUUAAUGAAACCUGGAGGCUUGGAGACGGAGGAGAGGAAAACACAGACUAGUUUCUGGUAGUUCUGUAGCAAAAAGACCUCUAAAAUAAAAUAAAAAACAGAAUCAAAUGCUUCCAGGAAUGUUGGAGUUUCCUGCUGGACUGAAUACUGUGAUGAUCCGGGACGUCAGGUUGUUUCUGAAGAUCUUUGCCUUCAGCAUCUCCUCACUCAUUAGACUGAUCAGCCUUUUCAUCAUAUCUCUGAUCGGAGUUAAAACCAAUCGGUUGUAGCUUUUUCUGGCUGACCUGGUGGGGAGCCGGCUGGACAGAUGUUUCAUGAAAAUGUGCUAAAUAAGGUGCAGAUGUUUUGUAUGGAGUGCAAUCUUCUGAGCAGGACUAGAUGUUUCCCUCCACCCCAUCCUGCUGACAUGCAGAGAACAGAAAGGACUUGUUUUGAUGACAGCGUUGUGUUAUUUCACUGGAUUAUUAUGAAAUGUUUCAGUCACAGCGGCUUCUCGGCCUAAACACCUGAUGAGAAUGAAGUCGAUGUUUUUCACCCGAAGCAGCUCAGCUUGGUGUCAGGAUUAAACAUCUCUGCACGAUGCUGGUUGCAGGAUGCAGCAGAAAGCCGUUAGCGGUGAGAAAACACGAGAACGGUACUUCCUGAUUCCUCAUUAUGCAUGUAGAGUUCUGGAUGGAUGAGGAUCCAGGUGUGGAUUCUGCCAUUCUUCUACCUGUUCAGCUGGUUUUAAAUGUGUUCACAGGUAACCGGAGGUCUGUUGGCAGAUCUGGGAUCAGAUUUGUGCUGGCAGCUUCUGUGUUUCUGUCUCAGUUUUCUAUUCCUGCACUGAGGGGAGAGUGCUUCCUCUUUUGAACAUAUACCUCACCUUCUGCCUUAGUUCCGAUUGUUGAAAUGAUUGUAAAUUAGUUUGAAACAACAGACUUCUCCAAUCAUUUGUUUCUGAAAAAUAUGAUGACGAGUAAGUAAAAUACUAUAUUACAAAUGGUUUUCCUUUUAUUUUUGUACGUAUGUGCUGUGCACAGCAGUCAACUGUAUUCCUGAGACGAUAAUUAAAAACGUUUUGUAAAA